ACGGGAUCGGCCAAAAAGUUCUGAAUGCCGGGUUGAAUUCUUGCGACUCCAACUUUCCAUUCGAACCUCUCCAAUCCUCGUUCUGAGUCCUAUCAGCCUUUUCUGCCAGAGGGCUGACUCGAUUUUCUUCCUCUUACGACCAUAAUGAAUAGUCUACGUCUAUCGGCUGGUAGACUGCCUGCAAAUGCGCAUGUGGGAUCUGUUCUGAGAGGUGCUUCUGGGCGGGCGGCGAUUUCGAGAAGGUCACUUCAAUAUACCCGACUUUCUUCACAAUCUUCCAAACCAUACUCUUCGAUACCCACAAUCUCGACACACUCUAAUCUCUUGCGCUCAAAGUUUCUUCCAGAGGAAAUUAGAACCGGUGUCACUCCAGCAACAUCGCGGGGUUUUCACCAUGGCACAAUAUUAAGGCGGGAGAAGAAAUCAGCAAGCGAAUCUACGAAGGAUAAACCCGAAGAGAGCGAAGCCGCAAAGAAAGAGGCCGAGGAAGAAUCCAAAGAGGACCAGGGGAAAGAGAAGGAAGACCAGGGAAAAGAGAAAGAAGGCGAGGGGGAAGGCGAAAAGGAUGGAAAGAAGAAAGAAGCUCCUCCCCCGCCACCGCCUCACGGAGACAAAUCUCCAUGGCAGGUUUUUACCGAGACUCUAUCAAGCGAAUUCAAGGCUUCCAAAGAAUGGAAUGAGUCUACGAAAGCUUUGGCGGAUGGUGCUCAACAAUUUACCGAAAAUGAAUCAGUAAGAAAGGCGCGACAAGCUUAUGAGUCUACAACUGGUGCUGUUUCUUCCACUGCAGGGACUGUUUUGAAGACUACCGCCGGAGUUGUAGGUAAGGGAGCUGCUUGGACUUGGGAGACGCCUGUUGUCAAGGGGGUUCGAGUGGGGGUUAAUGCUACAGCAAGUGUGAUUGAGAAGGGGACAAGACCAAUCCGACAGACGGAAGCUUUCAAGAAUGUCAAGAACGUUAUCGAUGAUGGUAGUAGUUCUAGAUAUGGAGGAUGGGUUGAAAAGGAAGAACGUCGAAAGAUAAGGGAACUCCGAGAAGCUGAAGAGGCACAAAAAGCUGGGACACCAGACGGACGGGUGAAGGUCGCAGAAGAGGAUCCACUGUAAGUCGAUUUCUUGUUUGUGAAAACAUGGCUUUGCUAAUUAUUCUAGGGCUGGCACAAAUGUCACAUUACAUAAGGAUGCUGCUUGGAAAGAAUCAUGGCGAGAUUUCCGAGAUUCCAACAAAGUCAUGCAAUCGCUCUUUUCCUUGAAAUCAACAUAUAAGGAAUCCGAAAAUCCUUUGAUCUCCACCGCUCGAAGCAUAUCCGAUCGUGUUGCGGGGUUCUUUGCCGAGAAUGAAACGGCAAUGGUCAUCAAAAAGUUUAGAGAAAUGGACCCGUCCUUCCAAAUGGAACCAUUCUUGCGGGAGAUGCGAGAAUAUAUUCUCCCCGAAGUACUUGAUGCAUACGUCAAGGGUGAUAUCGAGACUCUCCGUCUUUGGUUGAGUGCUGCUCAAUUCUCUGUCUACGAAGCUCUUUCGAAACAAUACACCACCGCAGGUCUGAAAUCUGACGGGCGGAUUCUCGACAUUAGAAAUGUUGAGAUUUUACAAGCAAGAAUCCUUGAUCCUGGGGAUAUUCCAGUCUUCAUCGUCACGUGCCGCACGCAAGAAGUGCAUGUCUAUCGGAAUGCGAAGACCAACGCUUUGGCUGCUGGGAUGGAGGACAAAGUACAACUGGUCACUUAUGCCAUUGGUGUCACUCGCCUUCCUGAGGAUGUGAAUAAUCCAGAGACCAGAGGAUGGAGGUUAAUCGAAUUACAAAAGAGUGGAAGGGAUUACAUAUGAUCUCGUCUCUUGUCUUUCUCUCUUCUCAAAAUGCUCAUACGGCGUCCUCUGUACAUCAACACUUCAUUCGCAUCCCGAAACCUUUCCACCAAGAGCUGCAUGUACGUGCAAAAAGGAAAGCGUCCGCGGGAUUUCUUCGGAUCAACGAGCGAGAUGUUUACUGUAUACCACCACUACAUUCCUUUUCAUACCUCCGCAUUUCAGGCGUUCAGGGCGUUUUUUGCAUCAUGGCUGGUGUGCCAUGCACUCACUUCUUGGGUCUCAUUUUCGAAGGAAGGUGCAUUUGCAUUCACGCCACUCUCCACUUUCCACUUGAGGAUUAUGGGAAUGUAACGAUUACCCUUCCUUGUCUACAUAUAUUGAUGAAAAAUGGUGGGAUGUGGGCCCGGGAAUGGAAAAAGUUGGGGGCGGGGGAAGGGGAUGUAUUAUAAUGUCUGUC